AACACAUUUCAUGUUAAAGAAAAGUAUAUAACAAAUGAGUAUUUAAAUCAAUAUCACUCAAUUAGGUCUCUCAGUCCCAUUGCAGCUCUCUGAUUUCACAAUCCUCGCAGCUUUCUUCUUGAAUUACCCUUCUACAACGAGUCAAUAGGGAAGUGUAUGAGGGGGGUUUUUUUAAGGGGACAAUGUUCAAUAAGUUAACCAAGCGUGGCUUUUGCACGGCAAUAUCAUCACGGCCUUGGCUUUUUGUGGGCUUGGGCAACCCUGGAGAGAAGUUCAGAGGAACCAGGCACAAUGUAGGCUUUGAGAUGAUUGAUGUGUUUGCUGAGUCUGUUGGAAUUCCAAUGAGCAGGCUUCACUGUAAAGCUGUGUUUGGUGAAGGUUUUGUUGGGGACAUCCCUGUUUUUCUGGCAAAGCCUCAAACUUACAUGAACCUGAGUGGUGAAUCUGCAGGACCACUUGCAGCUUAUUACAAGCUACCUCUAAACCGUGUGCUCGUGUUUCAUGAUGACAUGAACUUGCCAUGUGGGGUGCUUCGGCUUCAACACAAUGGAGGACACGACUACCACAACGGGCUGAAGAGUGUCAUUUAUCAUUUUCGAGGGAACAGAGAGUUUGCUAGGUUAAGAAUUGGCAUUGGAAGGCCACCUGGUCAAAUGGAUCCCAAAGCGUUUUUGCUUCAAAAGUUCAAUAACACGGCUCAAGAACGAAUCGAUACUGCAUUACAAGAGGGGGUUGGUGCAUUGAAGCUCGUAUUGUCUCUCGGUUUGUCUGAGAGUGCGAGGCGCUUCAAUCAUGAACAGAAAUACAAGCAUAUAAGGUUACAAACCAUGCCAGUAUGAUAAGCCUAUAUGAUAGGUAUUGCCAUUGCCGACGAAACAUACAAAAUUUUCCAAGUCCUCAAAGGGAAUGGGAAUAGAGGCAGAGUGGAGGUUCUCUGGGGAAGGGGAAUAGAGGCAGAGUGGAGGUUCUCUUGAAGGUACAAUGAUUUUGUCUUCUGAGAUAUAUGUAAUUAUUGUAUGCUCACAACUGAUAAACUUUUUAAGCUUAGGUACUUUUAAAAUUGUCUCAAGUUAAUUAAUAUAUUAUUUAUAUAUAGAAGUGGAGUUGAUUGUUUUUAA